AUGGCCAUGGCAAUUCACGCAGGGAGUCAGGCGGAGACACCAGUGCGUAAUGCACUGCGCGUGUUCGUGCCCCUCUUCACCUGCAUUUUCUUUCUCUUAUACAUCACGGACACGUUCAGUGUCAUCAGCCGCGUGCAGAAUAUUGUCCGGGCCGAGGAGACAUCGCUACGCUCUGCGUCUGGGAUUACUGAGUUUUGCAAGGAGCUGCAGAAUCUGGCGCAGCAGCAGUACUGGCAGGUGCUUCUCUUUGUCACGUCGCUCUACCUCACACUACAGACGUUCUGUGUCCCUGGCACGGUGGUGCUGAACGCCGCCGUCGGAGCCAUAAUGGGCACCUUGCUGGGUGUGCCGUACUGUACCUUCUUGGGGACGAUAGGUGCUAUGGGCUGUUAUUUCCUCUCCCGCAUCGUCGGUACGUCGCUUGUGGAGGUGGUUGACGCGCGGCUAAUGAAGGGCAAAGGCUUCACAAGGAUUCGCAACCAAGUCUCCCACCACCGCACUGACUUGUUCGUGUAUUUAAUAUUUCUUCGCUUGACCCCAAUUUUGCCCAACUGGCUGGUAAAUCUCGCCUCUCCUCUGCUUGGGGUACCCCUGCAGACGUUUGCGGGGGCAACCGCUCUGGGCAUUGUGCCGCAGACGUACUUGACAGUGCGCUUCGGCUCGCUGGCGCACUCGGGAAAGCCUGGCGAGAAGAAGCGCAUCGUGACCCCGUGGGACACGCUGCUGCUGGCCGUCAUUGGUGUGGGCAUCCUCGUCGGUUUCCGGCUCAAGAAGAAAUUCGCGCAGGACCGGAAAGACGGCGGUAACGGCGGAGCGGGCAUGGAGAAGAUCUCUGUCAUCACCACCUCACGCAGUACCGUACUGGGACCGUUGUUAGUGUAG